AUGUCUUCUGGAGCGAGAACAACGCGAGCGCAGAAAAGACGAAUGGGGGAGAGAGAUUUGUGGGGUUUGGUCGUGAAUGACGAUUAUAUUUGUUUCCAACACAUUCUUCCGAGAUUGAAUGGGACUGAUAUCAAAUUCUUGUACGAGGUGAAUCCGGAGACGAGAAAGUUGAUUAAGAGAUCGUCUCGCGCAGGGGUUUUGAAAAAGGGGUUUAAAGUGAAGGAGAUGUCGUCGAUAUCGACUUUGGAGAUUGCGUGGGAGCAUAAAUCGUUGUGGCCGAGAGGCUGGCGCGAAGCAACUUUCUGCCGUGAAGUUGCUAAAACGAAUAAACUCGAGUUGCUCAAGUGGGCGCGAGAGGAGAAAAAGUGUAAGUGGGAUGAUAGGACGAUUCAUGCGGCCGCAAGACAAGGUAAUCUGGAAAUGGUAAAGUAUUGCGUUGCAAAGAAGUGUCCUAUCAAUGUGUUUGCGUGCGCAUAUGCUGCCUUCAACGGUCAUCUCGAGGUACUCAAAUACUUACGCGAAGAAGCCAAAGCGCCUUGGGAUGAUUUGACUGCCCCUUGGGCGGCUGCAAAAGGUCAUCUCCACGUACUCGAAUAUCUUGUUGAGCGUAAGUAUGAAUAUAGCGAAUGGGCGUGUAUGCAUGCGGCCAAGCACGGCCACUUGGACUGUUUGAAGUACUUGCACGAAACCGCCAAAGCGCCGUGGAACUUUCGGGCCGUGCGAGACGCGCACGAGAACAACCAAACCGAAUGUGUACAAUACCUCCUCGACAACGACUGUCCAUUACCAAACGACUGGUCUUACGAAGGUGGAGAGCUGCGCACAUCAGAGUAA